AGUCGGGAAACGCGCCUGAGGCCCGUCAGACUCACGUCUCCUUCGAGCAGAUCACUCCCUUUCCCCUCCCUUUCUUUCCAUCGGACAAGGCUCAGUCGUGGCAGUGGGACUGUGUCCUUUAUUUCCUUCUAUCGUACCUGAAUCUUCUACCUACCUAGACAAGAGGUUCUUUACCGUGCAACUUUUAAGUUGCUUCCGGGGCAGGACCCCACCCUCGAAUCUUUUUAUCUCGAGACGACAAACCGCAGCAGCUUUGAAGAGAUGGGUGCGGAUGCUGUGAGUUCGAGGCUUUCGAAUAGAGGGAAUUCAAAAAGCAUGGAUCCUUCAGCGCUGGAUUCUUCGGGGCUCUUGCAGACACUGCAGGGACACGUUGACGACAUCCGGUCUCUAAUACAAUGUGGCAUCUGCGUUAGACCCCUCUACGAACCCUACACACUUGCAUGUGGGCACACAUUCUGCUACGGCUGUCUCACAUCAUGGUUUUCGAGUGGAAGAUCGAGUAAGACAUGUCCGGAUUGUCGAGCACUGGUGAAGGCGCUGCCUGCUCCAGCAUACUUGGUUCGCGCUAUCGUUCAGAUGUUCACCAGUCGGGCGGAGCUCUUGGAGAAAGGGGAGACGACUGCUCAGCAUAGAGAGAACCGACAAGAGGAAGCUGAAAGACUCGAGGCAGACAAGGCGAAUACCCAUCCGAGAACGGGGGGCCUAUUCCAGGGCUCUUUCAAGGAGAGGCCGCCUGUGAACAGACCUAUCUACGACGUGGAAGACAAUGUGAAUCGGUGCCCUGUUUGUCAGUGGGAACUGGAAGACACAGGUUGCCACCGUUGUGGAUAUGGUGUGGACCUAGAGACUCUGACGGGAUCAGAGGACAAUUCCGAGAUGACAGACUAUAUCGAUGACCUCGAGGAUGGUUUUGGUGAUGUCGACGACGACUUGGAUUGGAAUGAUUUCUACGAUGGUGUUCCUUUUGAGGGUCUUCCGUUAGGCCUUCAGCAAUUUCAUGGCGGUCGGUCGCGAAUACCGCAUCAUCACCACCACCAGCAUCAUCACCAUACUCUGUUACGGGAGGCAUAUGCCAGCUUGAUCGCCCCCUCCAUCUCGACGGCAACUCAUGAUGACAGUGACGAUGAGGAUGAGGAUGAGGAUGAGGACGACGAUUAUGGCGAGAUGGACUCUUUCAUUGACGACGAUGAAGUGGAUGAAGAUCGGUCGGAUUCUGAUCGAUCCACGGUAGUUGGGGAUCACGACUACACUGCUCAUCCCUUUGGUGAUUCGGAGGACGAAGGUUCAGACGUACCUAUGUCUCAGGACGCCGCAGAACUCGACGAUUAUUACGAAGACGAUAGUUCGGAGGACGAAGAUCCUAUUCGACCCCCUGUGACGGGUAACUCACGACGUACGAUACACUCAGGCUCUGCCCACCCAACAUCCGGUUCCCACCUGAGAAGGGGAUCGAACCUCCGUGGUGCUGGUGUUGACACCAAUGGCAACUCUCGAUUUUCCGGGGAGGAUACUGCCGAUAGGGGUACAGAACCCGAAGGACACCAACGGACGAGUCGUCCCUCCCCGGUGGGAUCAUCAGUGGACAAUGCUAUUUCCCUGGAAGACGAUUCUGACGAUGAUGCGCCGGUGCGGCCGACAAGAAGAAACCGGAAUCGCACCACGAGAAGGAGGAAUUCGUCAGAAUCGUAUUAGGCCAAUGAGCUAGGGGAAGUCUCAGUUAGAGUUGCCUGCUGGGAUUCAAAGAAAUGUGCUUUUUGGGAGGAA